AUGGGCUCAUAUUACAACAUUGAUGCUAUCUUGACAGAUGCUCAAAAAGUGCCUUGCACAUUCGAACUCUCAGUUCCCAACAUGGGAUACCUGCAGGGCAACCCAGGAGAAGAUAUAAAACAAGGCUCCAAAGUAGAACUACCACUCUGGCUAGCUGAAAUGCUGGCUGUGAGCAACCCGUCGGGAAACUCAUCACUAGCAACACUUGACCUGCCUCAAUCACUGUCCCACCGCGUAAUGAACGCCCUCAAAGCAGAUCCAAAGACAGUAGAUCUACGAGCCCAAGCACAACACUUCUACAACAUCGGUGCUCGCAUGCUAGAGUUAUUCGAGGAAGAAGAAAUGGUCGAUGUCUUGACUGACGUACGUUUCCAUUCAUGUUUAUCCACGACUGAUCACAUUCUAAUCGCUCAUGCCCAAAACAGNACAUUCAAACAACGUGCAGCCGAAAUCUCAGAUCAAGCGCUAAAUUCACGAAGUGCAUUGGGUGAAGGUGCAGACUUUGCCAGNGGGUUGGACGACACAGAACGACAAUUGUUCCGCGCCGCCCAUGACAGUACCGCUGCGGUCAAAAAGUGGUUCGAGACAUCGCAAAAAUCUUGA